AUGUAUAAUCGGAGUAGCAACAAGCCCCACGGCCUCAGCCGGCGGAAGUCAACAUUAUCUGCGAGAGGGGUCCACUUGGAGCAUAUCCACCCCGAAACGGCGGAGCGUGACGCCCAAGCCGCGGCCGCCCAGGCCUUCGCGAGGGCGAGGAGACGAUCUGCCACGGAUACGGCGUUGUGGCCGCCGCCGCGGGAUAACGGUCCUCGAGGGGACACCGGUAACCGUGACGAGAGAUGCGAUAACGGCCCUACUGUGCAGCGGCAGCAGAGCGUCCGCUUCGUCCGAUCGAGAACUCCUAAGAACACACAAAACUACGUCAACAUCGUAGCUAGAGCCGCCGUCAACGGUCCCGAGAACCCGCAGACGGGAUACAGUCCCGCCGGAGAGGUCAAAUCUACAUCGAGAAGAGCCAAGGGGGCCACUAUUGACGCGGGAAACACUGUGUCGGCUCCAGCAUCCUGUCACAGAAUUCGCAGGUCCAAGUCGAUGCUCGCAACCCCGAGCGCUAGCAUGACUCCCAGAUCCUACACCCAUUCCCCAACUUCACCGGCGACGAAUCGGAUGCCCCUAUCGUCCCUAGAGCCACCGUCCCCCGACACAGAUGAGAAUAUACCACCUAUGAAGGCGAAGGCACCGCAGUCUACGUCCUUCUUGACAGGGGCAGGGGGUAGAACAGGCUUAAUUCCUCGUCGUCAUGGCAGCGUGUCAAUGGUUUCGUCUAAGGAUGCCGGCGUUCAAGUUUUGCACGGCAACAUAGGCCACGUGAAAUCACAAUCAGCGGGGUUUCCUCGUCGUAACAAAUCAAUUCACGCCGAGAGACCUCUCAGAAGGAGCAUGAGAAAUACCGAUGGCGACGAUAAUAUCCUACCCGCCAAUCGCGUAAUCUCAAAAGGGGCGAGUCUCAGAAGCCGAGCUCAGAGGGCGUCGCACGGCUUCAAGCACAAGUUAAAGAGUCUCUUGAACUUAGGUAGAGGGGAUACCGAUGAAGCGACAUUCCCUCCACAGCACAUUGAGGCUUCAAAGUCUCACGUCACGGAUUUUAAGAGUCUCGAUUCCGUCGGAGACGAUGGGUCCCAACUCGGCUCUGCGGACGAAGAGGCUACUCUAGCUCGCGUCGGGUCUGGGAUUCCGUCUUUACACACCAUCUCUUCUCACCAGCAACCUCGCUCUCAGCAGGGAAGUUUGGACAGCCUCGGGAGCGGCGAGAGAGCCUCGGAUACAAAGUCCCGAGUAACCAGCUGGACGAACUCGGACACUAAUACGUUUGAUACCCUACGUAGUCAUGGAGCAGGCUGGAUCCGGCAGCGUUUACCAAUCGUCAAGGAAGACGACGCGCAUGCCUCCUCAUCGCCAACACCGCGGAAGCCAGCGACCGUAGACGGCCAAAGAAUUUACUCGGCCCUCAUGAAAAGGAUCCAUGGUAGAGGACAACAUCCGGGGAAAGCCGACUUGAAGGAGCAGUCAAAUUCUGGCGGUCCCAUGGAGCCGGAGUUCCUACUUCCAGGGGGUAGCUCUGAAGAAUGCGGAAGUGAAGAGCCCAACUCCCCUUCGACCAUCCGCCAUGUCUUCCCCGGCGGUUGCUCCGAUACAUCAUCGACAGGGACGGUCCAGAGGAAGAUGGGCGCAAACGUUCACAUCGUCCAUGCGGACUCGAACGGGUCUCCUUUGCGCACCAGCACACAGCCAAGAACUCGCACACCGGACCCCCUAGCGGGCGAGAGCAGCCGGCCGCUGUCGGGCCCGCGAAUGGCGGAGGCGGCGACAACGCUUUCGUCUCGCAGCUCGGCCUUCUUCGCCAGCCCUACGUGCCAUCUGUUCCGCACGAGGAGCCCGUAUCGGCGCGCGCUUCAGGACUCGAUGCGGAUGGCGCCUCCGCACGCGCCGCUGGCGUCGCCCGGGUUCAGCCCCUGGAUGCGGUCGCUGACCAGCUUGCCCAUCCGACGCCCCAGCUCGUGCGAGUCCGACGUCGACGAGAAGAUGCGGUACCCCGAGAGCGUAUACUCAGACAACACAGCGGGUCCGGCGUCCGGGUCUCGGGGGAACGACGCGGCGUCGGAGAGCGGCGACGCUACGAGCUCACCCGGCGACCACGGAGACGCGACUAUAUUCCUCGACCCGCCGGCUCCCGCCCUCCCGGCCCGCCGCGUGACUUCGUCCUCGAGCUCCGUGGAGUGGAAGCGCUGGCUGUCCACGCACGUAGCGAAGCUCGAGGGCCCUCCGCCGCCGCCGCCACCAUUACCACCGCCGCCUCCUCCUCUCCCCCAAAAGACACCGCUCCUAUCUGAGGCAGCGACGACGAACCAGCAGCAACGUGGCAAGGAAAACGAGGCGCCCGAGCCUGAGGCCUUCUCAGGGUCCCCGAAGCUUCGCGGUGCGCGGUCUGGGUGGGAGACACGGGAAUCGUCCGCCGCGGCCAAGGGGACCCCGCCGCCGGCGGACGAGUGCUCGGGCGAGCGAAGGAAGACGGCGGCGACACAGGGGCUGCCGCUCAGGGGGGAGUCGUUCCCCGCGACGCCAACUGCGAGGCUAGUGCGCCGGCGGCAGCACCAACGGCAAGGGAGAGGCACAAUAUGGGGGACCGGCGCCGGGACGUUGCCGAGUCCGGGGCUCGCGGCGGCGGUGGAGGGGAUAUUUGGGAAGACAGAGACGAAUACGGCGGAUGCGGGCGCGGGUGCUGAGCUGGACGAGGUAGUGGUUGUAGCGGAGCGGGGGCAGGGGGGUAGAAGCCCGGGAGUGGCCGUGGUCGAGGCCGGGGGCAGAGACGGGGAUGAGAGGGAAUACGGUGCUAUGGUGGGCGGAAGCAAGGGGAUGGUGGAUCGGUUCCUGAGCAGCCGGAGGCGGCGCGUGGCGGGUAGCGAGGAGGAGGGCGGCAGUAGUGAGAGCGCGCUGCUGUAG